AUGGAGAUCCCAGCCACAUACAAGGCAGCAGUCUACGAUGAGCCCGGCACCAUCUCGACCAAGAUCGUAGAGCUGCCCACGCCCGAGCCCGGGGAGGGCCAAGUUCUUAUCAAACUAACACACUCCGGCGUCUGCCACUCCGACCUGGGCGUCAUGACCCGUUCCUGGGCCAUGCUGCCCUAUCCCACACCCAAAGACCAGGUUGGCGGGCACGAGGGCAUCGGCGAGGUCGUCAAGCUGGGCCCCGGCGCCGAGCGCUCCGGUCUAUCCCUGGGCAGUCGCGUUGGCGUUAAGUGGCUGGCGACCGUGUGCGGUGAAUGCGCACCCUGCAAGGCCGGUCGGGACGGGUGCUGCAAGAAGCAGACCAUCUCGGGCUACUUCGCCCCCGGCACCUUCCAGCAGUACGUCCUCGGCCCCGCGGGCUACGUGACGCCCAUCCCCGACGGCCUGAGCGCCGCCGACGCCGCGCCGAUGCUGUGCGCCGGCGUGACCGUGUACGCCGCGCUGGGCCGCAGCCGCACCAAGCCCGGCGACUGGGUCGUCGUGUCCGGCGCGGGCGGCGGCCUCGGCCACCUCGCCGUGCAGGUCGCCAGUCGCGGGCUCGGCCUGCGCGUCGUCGGCGUCGACCACCCCAGCAAGGAGUCGCUCGUCCGCGAGUCCGGCGCCGAGCACUUUGUCGACAUGACCAAAUUCCCGCGCGACGGGGUCGACCUCGCCGCGCACGUGCACGGGCUGUGCGACGGGCUGGGCGCGCACGCGGUGCUCGUGUGCACGGCGUCCAACGUCGCAUACGCGCAGGCGCUGGGCCUGCUGCGCUUCGACGGCACGCUGGUGUGCGUGGGCGUGCCGGAGCACGACCCGGAGCCGAUCGGCGGCGCGUUCCCGUCCAGGAUCAUCAACGGCAGCUUCAACAUCGCGGGCUCCGUCGUGGGCAACAACGAGGACGCGGCGGCGGUGCUGGCGCUGGCGGCCAAGGGCGUCAUCAAGUGCCGCUCCGAGGUGGUCGGGCUCGGCGAGCUGACGAGCACCUUUCAGAAGAUGCACGACGCCACGCUGCACGGUCGCGUGGUCCUCGACCUGUGGGCAUAG